AUGUGUUUCUGGGAUUUUCUCAUCCUCGUCUUCUCCACCUCCUCUGGUCUGAAACCCAGGCCUCAGGGAGUGGGAAUGACAUGUAGUGAGGGCGUCUGUCCAGCAGAGGGAUCACAGGGACAGAGGGAUCACAGGGCCAGAGGGAUCACAGGGACAGAGGGGUCACAGGGACAGGGGUAUCACAGGGACAGGGGGAUCAACGAGACAGAGGGAUCACAGGAACAGGGGGCUCCCAGGGACAGGGGGAUCACAGGGACAGGGGGAUUACAGGGACAGAGGGAUCACAGGGACAGGGGGCUCACAGAGACAGAGGGAUCACAGGGCCAGAGGGAUCACAGGGCCAGAGGGAUCACAGGGACAGAGAGGUCACAGGGACAGGGGUAUCACAGGGACAGGGGGAUCAACGAGACAGAGGGAUCACAGGGACCGGGGGAUCACAGGGACAGGGGUAUCACAGGGACCGGGGGAUCACAGGGACAGGGGUAUCACAGGGACAGGGGGAUCGCAGAGACAGAGGGAUCACAGGGACAGGGGGCUCCCAGGGACAGGAGGAUCACAGGGACAGGGGGCUCCCAGGGACAGAGGGAUCAUAGGGACAGGAGGCUCCCAGGGACAGGGGGAUCAUAG